AUGGAUAUUCCCCUCUCAUCCGACGCUCUCGACCUCGCUCUGAGCCCCGGCCCAGAAGGCGAAGCGCAGGACCCGCUCCUUCUCGCUGUGGGCUUGAUCUCGGGCAAGGUCCAACUCCUUCAGCUCGACGGCUUCAGCGGGGAUGUCGACAAGGGCGACGACGAUGGUGAAACCCCAGCAAAGAAAGCCCGCAGCGAUCCCAUCGCGAGCUCCUCUGUAUCAUCAUCAUCAUCAUCGUCUAGCGCAACGCAAUCCUACGCCAAACGCUGGACGCAACGCCCCAGCAAAAAAUCGUUGCGCUGCCUAGACUUCUCCCCCUCGGGCCGCACGCUGUACGCCUUCAGCAAGGAAGGGUCUCUGCAUCACAUUGACGUAGCCACCUCCUCGAUCCUCUCUACCCGCUCCCCUUCCACGCCAAACGAGGGUGCCCCUUCACGCUGCUUGUCUCUACCUUCGGGGUCAGUCAGCAACUCGCAAGAGCUGCUCGUGAGCGGCGAUGAUGAUGGCGUUGUGAAGCUUUGGGACGGAAGAGAGGGCAAGGGCGUGGUGAGACAGUGGGAUCAUCAUUUUGAUUGGAUUACCGAUCUGGUCUGGGAGCCUUACCUCGAGCCUCCGCGGGUGGGCAAGGAGCAACGCGAACGGGAGGAAGCGGAGCGGAGGAAACGGGAAGAGAAGGCCAAGAGGAGGAGAGAGAUGAAGAAGCGUGCGCGAGGUCAUGAUGAUGAUGAGUGCGAGAGUGAUGAGGAGGAAGAGGCAGCGCCGCAGCGGCAAGCGGGAAGGGAACGUCUCGUCGUCACGUCGGGCGAUGGUACGCUCUCCGUCAUUGACAUUCGAGCUUCUUCCUCCAGCAAGCAAGCGCAGAAUCUCAAGCCGGGCGACCCCCAACCGGGCGUGACCGUCUCGGAAGAUCAGGAGGACGAGCUUCUCUCCCUCUGCUCGCUGCCCAGCACCUCGGGUGCGGGAUCAUCGCGGCUUGUCGUAGGCACGCAGUUGGGCCUGCUGAGCCUUUGGGCACCUUCACGUGGAUUGCUGGAUCACGUCGAUCGUCUUCCUGGUCACCCGGCGAGCGUGGAUGCCCUUGUAGCUCUCGAUGAUACCACGGUGCUCACGGGCUCGUCAGAUGGGCUUGUCCGUGCGGUACAGGUCACGGGUGGGCGCGGCAAGAGGUUCUUGGGCGUUGUGGCAGAUCAUGGUGAUGGAGGUGGAGGCAUGCCCGUCGAGCGCAUCAAGCGACGUGGCGGCUGUCUGGUAAGCUGUGGGCAUGGUAGUGAGGUGAAGGUCACGGAUGUUGGAGCUUUGCUGGAGAGCGAUGAUGAGGAUAGCGACGAGGACGAGGGGGAAGAGGAGGAGGCGGACGCUGAAGAGCUGGCGAGACGCAUUGCUGUGUCGCCCGAGGGGAGCGAGGAUGAAGAGGAGGAGGAAGAUGAAGAGGAUGUCACGCUGGGGGCGAUCAGUGGGAAGGGCGGGGAGAGUGGCGACGACGACGAUGACGGAGACGAUUCUUCAGACGACGAAGCCCCGCCCGCACCCGUUACCCCGGCCUCACGCCGGCCAGUCAAAGCCAGACAACGUACCUUGGCCGCAGGCGGGCAGGAGCGUACCGCCUUGGAUGGGCAGGACUUCUUUGCCGAUCUCUAGUUGUACUGCCUCUCUAAAUGGUAAAUUCACUCGCUUUUUGGGAGGCGUACACGAGGCCAUGGACCUUUGUCCCGGCCCUGUGCCUGGCUGCGGCACGAAACUGUGAGCCUAGUCCUUUGGAGGCAUUGCUCCUUGACUUCGAUCUCGCUUCUGGCUCCGUUCAUCUCGAUUUGGCUGGCCGGACUCGCUCGAGA